AGGGUCGCCGUCCACAUCCAUAUAAGACGGGUUUUGCCCGAUUGAGUCAUGUUAAGCUCCUGACAGGUCUGAAGAGGUUUACGUCUUGCGUCUUGAAGCCCCGUAUUCCCCGUGAUUAUUUGUGUGUAACCCGGGUGACGUCCUUCUACACCGUUUUUCAGGUCUGCUUCAGUCGUGUUUUUUCCUGCCAAAAUGACGCACUUCAACGCAUCGCGUCGUCUUCUGUCGACGACAGCGUCAUCGUCGACAAUAUUGUUUGUCGCCGUUUUGCUUCUUUCGGCUUAUCGGGGAGUCCACUGCGGUAGAGCUGCGCCGACUCAGCCACCUGUGCAACAGACGCAUCGGGGUGAAGCAUCUCAGCAGUCGGCAGCAGUGACAUUCAACAGUGGAGUCAUGGGAACCACAAUGGGUGGAUCUACCGGGAAUCCGUCGAUCAACCAUCUCGCCAGCGUUCAAGACCAUGCGGCAAUGGACCCUGACCUUUCCGAGCUGAACAAGCUCAUGCAAGAUUGCGGAGCAACAUUCUAUCUCGAGCAAACUCGUGAUAUGACAAUGUUCAUGCCCACCAACUCUGCAAUCAAGGCCCUCUUGCCCCUUGAUCUGCACCAACUGCCAUGGGAAGUGAAAUGGAGACUUCUCCAGUACCACAUUGUUCCUCAGGACAUCAUCAAUGUCGAAGAGAUUCCCCUGGAUACGUCUAAGUCUUUCAGCACGUGGGAAGGAAGCACGAUCAAGGUCACACACAAACGGCGCGGACAGCUCUCUAAUUUGCGCGGGCAGUCUGCUGCCCAGGGUCCUUCCUCACUGUACCUGGUGAAUGAUAUUAGCACAAUCGUCAGCGACCCUCCGCGAAUCGAAAAUUUCAAUGGCGCCUCCUACAAAAUUGACCGCGUCAUUAUUCCUCCUGACAUGGACCUCAGGUCGGUUGAGGCCGCACCCGUGGAUCAGCGCCAGAAUCCUGAAGUAAGACAGCAGGAGCAACGAGAACAUAGAGCACGUGGAUCGAACAACGCCAACAACCGAUCUACCACUCGCCCCGCUGCAAAGAAUCGAGGAGGACGGGAGGAAGAAGGAAGCGAAAACACUCGUGGUUCCACAGGUCAUGGAAACAGGCAACAACGCCAUCAGAGGGUAAAUGCAGAACUGGGAGCGGCAGAGACAUCGUCUGCGGGUCUAACCCCUGUCGGACAGGAGAGCAAAAUUCCCGUUGGGAAUGGAUCUCAGGCACCAGACUUUUUGCAGAGUAUCAAUCAACAACAUGCACGGUGGAACCAGGACUCAUAUCUCGGUCCCCGAGUCAUCGGAGACUCCGGAAAUACAGCCGCAGUUACUGAACAGGCCACCCACGGAAUAGUCAAUCCUUCCUCCAUCACCGCCCUCGGUCUUCCGACAAUGAGGUCCACCCCAGUUCCUCCUGUCGCACGGUCUCAAUCGUCCAUUGCUGCCCUGGCCAUCGACGAGGAAACGUUUCCAGAAUAUCCUCCAAACAGCAUUCAAAUCAGCCAGACUGGGCCUCGACCGUCACAUUUCGGAGUCCCCUUUUCACCUGAAAACGAUGGGACGAAGUUCACUAUCCCACCUCAUCCUUUCGAGGCUCUUUUAGUCGGGACUGUCAAUGCAGCAGAGACAGGCAACGGAGAGAGAGAAGCGACACACAUGUCGACAGACGAGAAAAGGGAAUCUGGAACUAUACAGGGAAUUAGAGAAGAGUACGGCCAUGAACACCGCGAAGAGAAAACCCGAGAGACACACUCCGCAUUGCAGGAGAAGUCUGCAGCCGAACAAGAACCUGAAACCCUCCUCAAAGAGUCGGAAACCAAAGGUUUCGAUCCCCACGUGGUAUCCACCUCCAUUGCGGCACUCGGUCUCACUGAUGGCUUGCUACCGGAGGAGGAACUCCUUACACACUUUUGGGGUAGACCAACGGACGCGAAAAACAAAGACAAACACGCAGCAGGAAGGGAGAACGCUUCUGCCUCCCAAGGAGGAGUUAGAUCAGACAGAACGGCACAUACCCGGCACCAACAAGAAGCAAACGGAGGUCAGGCAGGAUCUGGCCCUCUUGGCGACCUCACGAGUAUUCUAGGUCUCCCUGGAGAUCACUACCGCCUGUAAAUGCGUUUCACCUGAGAUGAAGCAACGACAAGGAUAUGUAAACGAUCUUUUGCGUAUGCGCACAAGUGUAGGCAUAAUGCGUAGCAAAGAUAUCUUUGUAUCCAUAUAUAUAAUCAUAUUGCCAUACGUAUAUCUCUACAUACCCACGAAAAGGUAACUGGGCGAAUACCUUGCCUGUUUUUCGUGAAAGAGGAACUCUUUCAGUCUCUCCGAUCUGCUGAAAAAGGAUAUUCGGAGAAUUACCGUGUGUAUAUCUGGUCAAUUGUUUUGA